AUGAGGCUGGCAGCGCCGGCGACACGCGUGAAUGCGCAUUGCAGUGGCCUGGCCUCUUCCGGGGCAUGUGCGCUUUGCAAUUGCAUGCAGCCCCAGACAUUCAAAAUUCGAACAUCUGUGUAUCUAAGUUCUCGCGCAACGGCAGCUCUUGCCCACUUAGCCCUCCCGCGAGUCUGCAGGGGAAUUUCGUUCUUUGGCGUUCGAUGCAGCAGCACGCGUAGAUGGACGGGCACUGCGCUGGGGGCUUUUAGGAGCUCUUGGAUGCUCACGAAAGGCAGCAGCGUCCGUCUCUUUGGACUUGAAGGGCAAGCUCCGGGAGCCUCUUCCCGCGUCGGUCUGCACCGAUGGAACGGGGGUGGGCGGCAGUUUGCCACUGGCGUCUCUGGGCAUGAGAAGGAUUUUUAUCGACUCUUGGGGGUGUCACCCGCCGACAGUCCACGCGCGAUUCGCACAGCGUACCUGCGCAAGGCCAAGGAGCUGCAUCCAGACGCCAACCAGCACUGCCCAAGGCGCCAGCAGAAGGAAAGGCUUUUCAGAGAGGUCACUCAGGCGUACGAGGUGCUGUCCGAUCCGCUGAAGAAGAAGGAGCCCCCCGCCGACGCAUGGCACGUUGGACAAGAUGAAGUAGGCGAAGAGUUUUGGCGACAAGUCGAACAGAUCCGCAGAGAGAAGGAAAUGGCGUGGAGGGCCAUGAAGGUGCAGAAGUGGGGCCCUGGGUCGAGGGCCCCUGGAGGUGAAACUGCCUACCACUUUUCUCCCGCGUUUGCGUUUUUGCGGGCACUGCCGCUGCUAGUGGUGCCUGCGGUCCUCUUUUUUGUGCUUUAUAAGCUGGCCAUGAGCCGUGCGCGGCAGGCGGACAGACUGCAGCCUCCAAUAGUCCGAGACGAACUAGGUCGCGCGUUCUUCAUCGAUUCUAGUGGACGGCGUUUCCGAGUGAUGGAAUUCGACUUUCUUACCCCCGCCUCCUCUUCCAGGGACUCGCGACAGCAGUCUUAA